AUUGCUUCCAUUUCACACUUGUAUUCUGAUGGGCAUGGUAUUUCAUCGGUCGAGCCGGCCCAUUCGUGCAACUAUUACUAAGGAUUUGAAGAUUUUAAAGAAAUCAGUCGUUAAGUAGUCGCUUUAAUGUAGGCACUGUUACGCCGCUAAAUUAGAUGUCACAUUAAAAAAAAUAACUAAUCAAUUUAUUUGACCGUAAAAGAAUUACUUCCUCAAUGGAUUACGUAUGUAUUUAUUUAAUGUCGGUCACGAUAAGACUUAUUAGUAUAUAUUUUUUUAACUAGUUAUGUUUUUUUGUUUCUAUGGUGUUAAUGUAUGUGAUCUUUUCGGACACGUUAAAAACUACGCUGUAAAAUGUAUUCCUAUUUGAAACGUUACACAGAGUGAACAUGAAACUGUUAGGCUUGAUAUUAUUGUUUACUUUAAAGUUUUCAAAUAUUUAUGGAGCACGGAUUUUGGCCGUAUUUCCAAUACCAUCAAUAAGUCAUCAAGUUGUUUUUCGUCCAAUUAUACAAGAACUACUAAAACGUGGUCAUGAGUUGGUUGUUAUUACUCCGGAUCCUGCAUUCCCUAAGGGCAAAGCACCAGUCAACUUAACAGAAAUAGAUGUCCAUGAUUUAUCGUAUACUACGUGGGAAAAAUUUAUUCAAAGAUCGGAAGAUACAGGAAGUAGUUGGGUUGAUAAAUUAAUUUUCGUUUUAAGUGUAAUAGAAGAAGUUUUUGAAGAGCAAAUGAUUUCGCAAGAAGUCGCAAAUCUACUAAAACAAAAUGAAAAAUUUGAUCUUUUAUUGGUUGAGGCUUGUGUAAGAAUGUCUCUUGGACUGUCCCACGUAUUCAAAGCACCUAUAAUUCAAAUAAGUUCGUUUGGGUCAACUUUUAAAAAUUCCGAAGCAAUUGGAACACCGUUUCAUCCAUUUUUGUAUCCAAGUUUGUUCAGAUAUCGAAUACACGAUUUAAAUAUUUGGGAAAAAAUUGCAGAGUUGUACAAUGAAUUAUACUACCAUUAUAGUCUCCAGUUAAAUGAAAUUCAUGAAAAUGUUGUAAUGAAACGUCUAUUUGGUGAAGAAACUCCUAUGAUACACGAGUUGUUUGAAAAAGUUGAAAUGUUACUAUUAAAUGUGCACGAAAUUUGGGAUAACAAUCGUCCUGUACCACCAAACGUCAUUUAUUUAGGCGGGUUGCAUCAAAAUGUUAAAAAAGAUUUACCAAAGGAUCUACAAACAUAUCUUGAUACCUCUGCAAAUGGCGUGAUAUAUGUCAGUUUCGGUACAAACGUGCGACCUUCACUGCUUCCUAUGAGAAAAAUAAAAAUAUUAACAGAAGUAUUUUCUGAAUUACCCUAUGAAGUUAUAUUCAAAUGGGAUAAAGACGAGUUACCAGGACAGACAAGCAAUAUAAGAAUAAUGAAAUGGUUACCACAGGCUGAUUUAUUAAGACAUCCGAAUAUACGAUUAUUUAUCACUCAAGGUGGUCUUCAAUCUACAGAUGAAGCGAUAACUGCCGGUGUUCCUCUAUUAGGUAUACCUAUGUUGGGAGACCAAUUUUACAAUGUUGAGAAAUAUGAGAAGCUUAAAAUAGGACGUGGUCUUAAUAUGGAUACUCUUAGUAAAGAAACUUUAGCAGCUGCCAUAAAUACUGUAAUAGAAGACGAAAGUUAUCGUCGAAAUAUACAACAUCUACGUACAGUGAUGAACGACCAACCAAUGAAGUCGUUAGACCGGGCGCUGUGGUGGAUAGAGCAUGUUCUACGACAUGGCGGGGCUGGACAUUUAAAAUCUGCAGGCGCUCAUGUCUCUUGGUCUGAAUUUAUCGAAUUAGAUGUCAUUAUAAUAUUGAUCCUUUUGACUAUUGUAUCUUUAAUAUUGAUUUCACUCAUUUGUGUAGCUGUUUGGAAAUUACUAAGCAAAAACAUUUGGAAACUUAAGUUGAAAACAUUUUAAGUUUACAUUUAUUUCGAUUUUAAAACAGAAAUGGA